AAUGCAUCUCAUUCCUCGCUAGUCGGAUCACGGGGAGCAUCGAGACAUUGACCACACGGCGCUCUUUAUCAGAGGCUAAAAGAGUUUAUAAGAAAUUGUGGCGAUGGAGAAGCGCGUCAGAGCGCGCGGCAGGUGGAUCGAAUGGCCUGGAGCGCAGCGCGAGAUCACGUGGUUUUAUUUUAAGCGGGUAGCUGAUUGGCUCAGGCCUAGCCAAGUGUGUCAAAGGACUCGGACAUACCUGAAAAUCACUCAUUCUCUUGUGAGACACACCUAAGAGGGAGACAGGUAUAGAGAGAGAUGUACACAGCGGUCCUGCUCUCUUCCCUGUUUCUCCUGCAUGUGACCUGUACGCCUCAGUUUCACAGUCACCAUGGGAGGAGAGUGUGUAUUGGAGAUGCAUUGAGUCAUCGUGUGUCUUAUAGCACAGAGUCAUUUCUGCAACCUGUACACAAACCGUACAUCACCAUGUGCCAGAAUCACCGUCUGUGUAGCACUUACAAAACAAUAUACAGGGUUACUUAUAGGCAGGUGAGCAGAAUAGUUCCUAAUGUACAGAUUUACCCAGAGUGCUGUCCGGGAUGGAGACGCAUGCAUUCGCACAACUGUAACAAAGCAGUGUGUGAGCAGUCUUGUGUAAAUGGAGGGACGUGUGUAAGGCCUAAUCAUUGUGUAUGUCCAAAAGGAUGGACAGGGCGAUACUGCCAUAUAGAUUUAGAUGAGUGCAAGAAAGGUCAUCGCUGCUCAAAGAAAUGUGUGAAUACGGUGGGGAGUUUUCGGUGUGUGUGUGAGGAUGGAUUCAGUCUGGCUGAAGACAAACUGACGUGUUUGAGAGUUCCUCCUCCAACUAACGCACCUGCCAGUCCUCCCAAAUUAGAUCAUCACUCAUCCAGUAGAGAAGAUGGUGGAGGUUUGGGAUUGGUGGAGAACGUAACAGAGGAGGUUCGGAUCCUAAAGAAUAGAGUCGAGCUACUAGAACAGAAACUAGAGAAGGUUCUGGCUCCGUUCACCACUCUCUUCCCCAUAGACGGAGUCGUUGGUGACAAAAACAGCUUCCUGUCCCAUUCUCUGCAGCAGCUUGACCUUAUCGACUCGCUUAGUGAGCAAGUCGGAUUUCUGGAGGAACGUAUCGGAACCUGUAAGCAUCCUUUUGUACUAUUUGUGCAAUGGCAAUUCUACUGCAAUAAUAAAAACACUUUCUUUGCUAUAGGUGCCUGCCAGGAAAACUAGACGAUCAUUCAAAAAUGGGCUGGAUCAAGUGAAAUCAACAGCACAGAUGCUUAAAAUCAACAAGAACUUUGAUCAAAGAGGCCAUGUAAACGCUUUCAUUCGACAGGAAUGUAGCGGAUGAUCUGGUGCUUUAAUCGUUUAGGAAUUGUUUUGCAUUUCUUUUCUUUUAUUAAGAGCAGCUAUAUGGUUUCUUCAAGUGUAAGUAUAGGACAAACGUAUGUAUUUAUAAUUCCACGAUCUUUUCAUGAAUAUCUAUUUUGGAAAAAACAACGUGUACUUUACCCAUUUUUAAUUGUCAUUUUUACCUUUCAUUGUUUUUUGCUAAUAAAAUGACCAAAAUCUGAAAUGUU